ACAGAGCGUUUCGCAGCAGUAGACAAAUUGUCAAUCUCGUCAAUUCGGUCGAGUGUGUUUGUUGAAAAUCGUUCUUCUGCGUUAUCCGCACUACGAACGGGUUUUUUUCGUUACCGCAGCUUUUAUUCCGUGUGUCAAUUCAACUCCAUCGUCAGUGUUUGUGCGUUUUGUGUGUGGUAAAGAAAAAAAAUAAAUAAACGUCGUGCUCAGCUGUGUGGUGUCUUCGUAAUCGCGACAAGAAAAAUAAGAAAAAUAGAGUUAUAAGGUUCGGCGCCGGAAUAAAUACAAAACCAUAAAACCAUCAUCCCCGUAAGCACCCGCAACAGUAGCAGAAAUCAAUAGCAAUUCAGCAGUAACUGGCUGGAGAGAAAAGUGUGCCAAGUGACCUGGUGUGACGUGAAAUAUCACGAAAAGCGCAAAGGAAACAUCAAGUCGCUGGAUCGCAGUAACCAGACCGCUCGCCUAGCACCAGCCUCGUGAAAAGUGGUGGAAAACUGGCUCACAAGUAGGCUGGAAAAGAUAAAAGUGUGGUGUAUGUUUCGUCGAGAAGUGGGGGGACCUUCUUGACGCGAUCUUGUGACCAGGAGUGGCGAUCAUCAUCAUCAUCUGCAUCGUUUUCAACGAGCGGUCGCCUCUCUGUCUGUGCCGGACGGGUUGUGUUUUUUGUGAGUGUCGUGUACCACUGUUUAGUGAUUUGGUGUCCCGAUGAAGGUUUUAUUCAUCAGUGUGUUUGAUUAACAUCACGAGAAAGAAUAAAGAAAGCAAGAAAAGAAAACAGGCGAAUCGUGACAUCGUGUGUAAUUUGCGCUAUCCAAAACCAAUCGAAACCAAGCACCAAGUAGCACAAGUGUGACUUCUGCUGCUUUGCUCGUUGUGUUUGCCAGAUUGUUCCGCCACCGCUUGCAGAUACAUACCUCACAAACAACAAAACUCUACAUCAGCCAAAAACUACACCAGCAGUUGUUGCAGCUUUAAUGGUGAACCGUCAAAGCAACCUGAAACCACAAUAGGUAGAGCCUUCUGCCCGCCCGCCCGCCUGCCUGUUAAGGGCAAGUACACGACUCCGACUUCAGAGUGUCGGAACCGGAUUGAGUGAACUGGAGUGUAAAGCUGAAUUUGCUGAGAACCCGACUAAACUAAACACCCGUGGGAAGAAGUGUGGAUUGCGAGGAAAAAGUGUAUCGGGAGAACGGCGGGAGUCGCAGGAUACUUCCCCAAUGAACAUAGGAUAGAUCUUGUCCUGUAGCACAAACAAAUACGUCGCACUCAGAAAGAAUCAUCGCCAUCACCGGGGGAGCUGUUCUGUCUUCGCUUGGUGGAAGAAGGAAGCGUGGCAGGAUAUCGAACGGAUCGCGCCAAUAGCGAACGACGCACACCGGUCCCAACCAUUAACGACGGAGACGGAGGGUUCCCGGGAAACAUCGCACCCCAUCUAGACGCUGGCUCGCAACGGUGAAGCCCGGGGGGCCGAGUCUCCCGAUACGUCACCGGAAGGUGGUGCCACCUGCUGGUGGGCCCCGUGGUCAGCGAUGGGUUGCUUCGGCUCGGCCGGAUCGAAACAGUCGGACUCGAACAGCUCCGAGGACACGAAGAGCCAGAAACGGCGCAGCGAUGCCAUCACGCGGCAACUGCAGAAAGACAAACAAGUGUACAGAGCCACCCAUAGACUGCUACUACUCGGAGCCGGUGAGUCUGGCAAGUCCACGAUCGUGAAGCAGAUGAGAAUACUGCACGUGAACGGGUUUUCCGAUAGCGAGCGGAAACAGAAGAUAGAGGACAUUAAGAAGAACAUUCGCGAUGCUAUCUUGACAAUUACCGGAGCGAUGAGCACGUUGACGCCACCUAUUCAAUUAGAGAAACCGGAAAAUCAGGCACGAGUAGACUACAUUCAAGAUUAUGCGUCCGGUCCGGAUUUCAAUUAUCCUCCGGAGUUCUACGAGCACACCGAAGAGUUGUGGAAAGAUCGCGGCGUCCAGCAGACCUACGAGCGAUCGAAUGAGUAUCAAUUAAUUGAUUGUGCUAAAUAUUUUCUGGAUCGUGUUAGUGAAAUCAAACAGCCUAACUAUACUCCAACCGAGCAGGAUAUCCUGAGAUGUCGUGUGCUAACGUCCGGCAUUUUCGAAACUAGGUUUCAGGUUGAUAAAGUUAAUUUCCACAUGUUCGAUGUCGGCGGGCAGCGCGACGAGCGACGUAAGUGGAUCCAAUGUUUCAACGAUGUCACAGCAAUCAUCUUCGUGACGGCGUGCUCUAGUUAUAAUAUGGUCCUACGCGAAGAUCCCACCCAGAACCGGCUACGGGAAUCGUUGGAUCUAUUUAAAAGUAUUUGGAACAAUCGAUGGUUACGGACUAUCUCAGUCAUAUUGUUUUUAAACAAGCAAGACUUACUGGCGGAGAAGAUCAAGGCCGGCAAGAGCAAACUUUCCGACUACUUUGGCGAAUUCAAUCGUUACCAAACACCAGCCGAUGCUGUUUGCGAGAUGGGAGAAGACCCGGAAGUGAUUAGGGCGAAAUAUUUUAUAAGGGAUGAGUUUUUGCGUAUAUCGACAGCGAGUGGUGAUGGCAAACACUACUGCUAUCCACACUUUACCUGCGCUGUAGAUACAGAAAACAUCAAGAGAGUUUUCAAUGAUUGCCGAGACAUCAUUCAGCGGAUGCAUCUGCGACAGUAUGAGUUGUUAUAGAUAUACUUAAUGAUUUCGAUUCAGCAGCAACUUGGUCGUCUCAUUUUAGUUGUGUCUAUCGUGCGAAAAAUAUCAAACCUAGCCAAACUAUACUAAUUUUAUAAAAAAAAGAAACAAAUAUUUGAUUAGGAAUUAAUCAAAACAAAAAAAGAAACGUGCAAACACAAAAACACACCAUACGUCACAUUCACCCCCUCUCCGUUAAUCCUUCUCCUCACCCAAAACAUACACACAAGUACACACAGUAUGCAAGUUACACGAAUCAAGUGUAAACAACCGGGAAAUACCACACGUUACACUGAGAACAACAACAGCAACAACAACGACGACGAACGAAAUAGGGGAAAUGUGCACCAAGCGGCUGUAAACAUGCUCAGCUAUAGUGAACCUCGGCAGUGGUGUUGUGCAAUUGUGUAUGUGUGUGUGUGAAUGCUGUCCAAGGAUGUAGCUUCAAAGAGUGGAUCACCACGACGAUGCUGAAUCUAUGACAAGAAGGAAAUCAACAACUGCCGUCGAAAACGCGCAAAUUUGCGCAGUAAGCGCAGAAAACCCGGUUGCAUGGGAGACUACUACGAUCACAGAAAGAAACGCGCAUCGCAUGUAGAACAUCGCUCGUUCGAUUCGCAAAACCUCGCGCUAUCCUUGCGACCGGCAUCGUUGGUGACGGUGGAAGGUUGCGGUAAGCUUAUGCUCUUACCCAAAGUAGUGCUAAAAUUACUGCAUCCUUGAGGUAAACUAACAAAACAGAUCGUAAACCAACAAACGGCCAAGGAUUCUUCUCUCAGUGAAUAAUAAACUACUGAGAAAGGAGACGGAUGUAAUUCAGCUAUACAAAUCAGUGUCUCAAGCUUCCAGUACCAGCUUCCGGAUGUAGGGAAAAGAAAAAGUUAAAGAGCGUAAGCAUCGAGUGACAACCGACUUACGCUGCAGCUAUCGAUCGAUCGCAACGCAGAGACAGGAGGGCUGCACGAUCCGUUAUAAUAGGUUCUGGUUCGGAUACUAACCCGAUGGUCGAGCAGAUGAUAUAGUGUGUAGAAUUUCAGUAUUUUCGCUUCCUGUUUUAUAAUACCGCCCCCUGUUUUAAAACUGUUCUUCGCAUCGCAACGGUAUUGUUGGGAUGAAUAUGUUAAACGAUUUUUUUUAUACGCGAAGUUCUUUUAAAGAUUCCCACGAAAACAGCAAAAAUCUUAACUCUGUAUUAAUUCUGUUUCAUCAGCCAUAAGACUCUAUUUCUAUUGUUUAUGUUAGAAAGAAAGAAAGGGGUCUCGCAGCUUUAGAGAGACUGAUCAGCAGAUCGCAGGCCAAUGUGUGUGUGUGUGUGUGUGUAAAGUUAUUAUAGUAGGAUCGUUAUUAUUUUAAAAUUUGUUGUAGCAUUAUGUCAUUGUUUUUGUUUUUAAAUAAUGUUUUAUUUUCGUUGACCACAGAUUGUGUAUAGCUCAUUUUAAAUCGGUUCAAAUCGGCAGAGUCCGGCGUGUGGACCGCAGAAAAGCGAUAUGAAUUGAUUGUUACGUUUUGCAAAAACAUAGAGGGAAAAAUGCUUGUUUGGAUAAUGAUGUACAAAGGCAGAAAUGCGCCCGACCCGGCCGAUGAAGAUGGCCCCGAAUCGUGUCAAACACGUGUAAUCGGUUCGUUUACUUUCAUUUAAAA